UCCGCGCCCCACCCCCGCGCCCCACCCCGGAGCUGGGGGCGGGGUCGGCCGCGCCCAUCCAGAGGCGGCCCUAACCGAGCAGUGCCGGCUCUCACAACGUGCCCGCUCGCAGGACGCGUAGGGCUGCCCGGCUUGCAUCGGAGCGGGGGUGAGAUCCCAGGGCCUCGACACCCGCGCGCCCCGCAGGCGCUGGAUCGUCUCCCGAGCCGUAUGGACCGCCGCACGCCCCUAACCUGGUCGCUGCUGCCGCUACUGUUCGCGCUGCUGCAGCUCGGCGAGCCCGAAAGAGCGGCUUCCGGGGUGGCCGUGCAGGUGCUCACCAAUGUGACCGGCUUAUUGAACGGAACAGCCUACUUGCUGUGCAGUCUGACGUCUUCGGAGAGUGUGACCGUCACACAGGUUACCUGGAUGAGGAAGAAGCCGGACAGCUCCCCCCUGACUGUGGCGGUCUUCCACCCCGUGAAGGGACCCAGCAUCACAGACCCGGGAAGGGUGGAGUUCUUGGCCUCCAGGCUGGAUCAGUGGAACGCCUCUCUGUCUAUAUCUCACUUGCGUGUUGAAGAUGAAGGCAACUAUGAAUGUCAGUUUGCCACAUUCCCCGCGGGCAGCAAGAGCGCCAGUGUCUACCUGCAGGUGCUUGUUGAGCCUAAAAACAAUGCAGAGCCCCUGGAGGCGUCUCCCAUUUUGAAGCAGCAGGCCGUGGCUAAAUGCAUCUCCAUUGGAGGUCGCCCUCUGCCGAAAAUCGACUGGCUCUCGGACCUGAACGGAACCUUCAAUGAAACUCAUGAGCCGAACACCUCCAUAGUUACCAGCUAUUACUCCUUGGUGCCCUCGAGACAAGCCGAUGGCAAGAACAUCACCUGCAGGGUGAAACACGAAAGCUUGCGGAAGCCGAAACUGAAAGCUGUGACCCUUUCUGUGCCCUAUCCACCCGAAGUCACCAUCUCUGGCUAUGAUGACAACUGGUAUGUUGGUCGCACAGGGGUGGCCCUCACCUGUGAGGCGCAAAGCAAACCUGAGCCCACCAGCUAUGAAUGGAGCACGGCCACAGGUCCUCUGCCCAAUGCCACCGAGCCCCAGGGCAAUCGGCUGGUAAUCAACACUGUGGACAAGGCGGGUCUCCAUAAUGUGACCUUCAUCUGCAAUGCCACCAAUGCCUUGGGGUCCGGGCAGGCCCAACAAAUCAUCUACGUUAAAGACCCUGAGCAGUCGGGCUUCAGCGCGGGCGCCAUCGUCGGCGUCAUCGUCGGCAUCAUCUGCGUGGUUUCCGUACCAGCGGUAGUCCUGUGGUGUGUUCGAUCCCGGAGAUCCAGGCCCAAGCCCUCAGACACUGAGUAUUCACCUGUGAACAGCAACGUCAACUCUGCAGAGGACAUAGAGAUGAAUAACGCGAGGGGCCAAAACCAAGGAGCUUGAAGCCUCAACAGCUGGAACCCCAUGAAGAUAGAUGGAGAAGCCUCCAGAGAGACUGGCCACCCAAUGUGGUGACCCCAAAGCUUGGGGGUCUCCUGGGACCCUGGCAAAUCCUUCAUUGUCAGAAAGCACCUGCCAAGCCCAGCGUGGUGGCCCACAGCUGUCAUCCCAGCAAGCGUGAGUGGCCUGGACUACAGAGCGAAGCCCCCGUCCACGCUUACAAACAGGCUUUGAGAUGUUCAGGAGCUGGGCCAACAGCUGGAGUCUCCCCGUGGGUGAGAAACCCUCUACCUCGUGUUGGGCCCUGUAGAAUGUUCAAGGAGCUGCAAGUCUUCGGCCACUGAGAUUCAACCUCAGAAUCUCUUCAUCACUGGGGUCUUUCAAGGCUCAGCCCUUACUUGAGGUCUCGCUGUGUAACCCAGGCUGGGCUCGAACUCACAGAGAUCCGUCUGCCUCUACCUCCCAAGUGCUGGAGUUAGAAGCGUGUGCCACCACACCCUUCUCCGUCUCCUUUUUGAUGAAGUGAAGAAAAAUACAUGUAUUUAUAAAACGCUAUAUAGUUUUGUAUGUAUAUUAUUGAGACAGAGUUUUAUGUAGCCCAGGCUAGCCUCAAACUUACAGCCUCCUUAAUCUCCUCUUUGAUGAAGUAAAGAAAAAUAUAUAUUUAUUAAAAACUAUAUAGCUUUGUAUAUAUUUUUGAGACAGUUUCAUAUAGCCCACCCAGGCUAGCCUCAAACUUACUUUGUAACCAAGAAUGAUCUUACUAAUUUAUUUUAACUUAAGAGUUUCAUAUAGCCCAGGCUAGCCUCAAACUUACUAUGUAACCAAGGGUGAUUACUAAUUUAUUUUAAUUUAUUUGCUUUCAAGUUUAAAAGUUCUCGGCCCCCUGUUCUCUUCUCUUAUCUCUCAGCCCAUUAGCCUCCUUAAUUCUCCCCAGACACCAUUCUGAUUUAUGUCUUAACUGUAGACAUUGUUUUAUUUAACUGUAUAAAAAUCUGUGAGCCACAAAUGAAAGAAUGUAUUUGUCUCUCUGAGGCUGACUCACCUUAUUUAAUGUGAUUCUUUCCAGUCGUAUCCAUUUUCUUGCAAAUGAUGUUAAGUUUGCUCUUCUCUGUGGCUGAAGAAACAUCUUCCCUUUCCCCUUGGACGCACACGAGGGUGGUCCCGUAUCUGAGUUAUUGUGCCCAUGCCGCAGUAAACACCCGCAUGCAGUUCUCUCUGUGACUCGUUGACCUGGAGGUUCCUGGGUAAAUAAACCCCCAGGAACGGCAGAGCCAGGUCUUACGGUCUGCGUAUUCUGGCUUUGGAGGAAGUUGUGUACUGACGUCCUCCAUCCUUCACUGUGCGUUGUUUUCUUGAUGACUGCUGUUCUGACUGGGGUGGGGUAGAAUCUCAACAGUGUGUGUGAGUGAGUGUGCAUGUGAGUGAGUGUGUGAGUGUUGUGUGUGUGUUAAACACUAGGAUCAAAGGCACGUGCCACCACCGCCACCUGGCCCGUCGAUGGAUCUAUCUUUAACCUGCAUUCGACUCAGGCUAAUGAGGUCGGACAUUGUGGUAGUUUGGUUGGAAAGGACCCCUACGGGCUCAUAGGGAGUGGCACUAUUAGGAAAUAUGGAUUUGCUGGUGUUAAGAUGUACUGCAUUUGUUUAUGCUGUGAAUAUUUGUUUAAUGAUGCAAAGAUGUGUUACAUUUUUUAAAAACUCUGUGAAGCUGU